AUGACAUCGCAAAAUCAAAAUAUCCGACUUUUGCCACUAUCUGGUGUGUACGAUGACGGUCCAUAUUGUUAUCUACUAAUGAUUGACGAAUGUUGUAUUUUGCUGGAUUGUGGAUGGGAUGAUCGCUUCAACAUGGAAUAUAUUGACAAAAUAAUGGCACACGCUCCUUCCAUUGACGCAAUUUUGAUUUCUCAUUCGGAUCGAGUCCAUCUUGGAGCCCUGCCGAUUUUGGUCAAAAAAGGAUUAAAAUGCCCAAUUUAUGCGACAGUCCCAGUAGCAAACCUUGGAAAGCUUGUAAUGUACGACUGGAUGAAUUCACAUCACAACAUUGAAGAAUUUGAUGUCUUUAAUCUGGAUGACAUAGACACCGCUUGGAAAGGAGUGAUUUCCGUCAACUACAACCAGAAGAUAAUGCUUACCGGACGUAAUGUUGUCGUGAAGCCUUUCUGUUCUGGACAUUCACUGGGUGGUGCCGUAUGGAGGAUUACGAAAACGGGAGAAGAGGCCAUUGUUUAUGCUGUUGCUUUUAAUCAUCGCAAAGAACGGCAUUUGAAUGCAAUGCCUUUCAAAGACUUCUAUCGGGCUCAUGUUUUUAUCAUGGACUCGGUGAAUGCUUUAUACAAUCCGCCACGAAGAAAAUUAAGAGAUGAAAACCUUGUGAAAAGGAUAGUAGAAACGGUAAGGAAUGGAGGUGAUGUAAUGAUCGUGACGGAUACAGCUGGACGGGUUUUGGAAACAGCUCACUUUCUUGACUACAUUUGGAACUCGCCAGCGAUGAGCAAUUUGCGGAACUACACGCUAGCAAUGAUGAGUCAUGUGUCAGCUUCUGUUGUUGAACAUGCAAAAAUGCACAUCGAUUGGAUGAAUGACAAAAUUGCAAAGACUUUCGAAGAAACUGCCGAUAAUCCAUUCAAAUUCAAACAUGUGCACCUUGUGCAUAGAAUUCAGGAUCUCGAUCGACUACGUUCUCCCAAGGUUGUAAUGUGUAGUCAAGUUGAUAUGGAGUCUGGUUAUUCACAUGAAUUAUUUCCCAUGUUUGUUGCCGAUUCGCGUAAUACAAUUAUUUUAACUGGUAAGGGGAGAAAGGAUACACUUGGCGCUAAGCUUUUGAAAAUGGCUGAAGAGGGUGCAAAGGGGAAUCGCUUUGUUUUUGAUGUCAGGAAGCGCAUUCCACUUGACGGCCCUGAGCUUGAAGAAUAUCGACUACGAAACAAGCAACGUUUAGAAGCUGAACAAGAAAAGCGAUUGGAAAAAUUUCGUCGUGAACAAAGGGUCCAUGAGGGUGUUUCAUCAUCAGAAGAAAGCGAUGACGAUGAAGAAAUGGCUGAUGCAGUUGAUAAGUACAUGAUGGAAAGUGAUAUUCGUAAUCGAAAACGAAAAAGGAUUGAGGAUGAUCGAGCUUUUGUUCCGGCUAUCCCGGGCAUCUCCAUCAAGCUUCUAGCGGAAUCGGCGCUGUUGGGAAAAAGAAAAGAAGCAAGUGAUGAUGAGGGCAUUGAAAUGGAGACAAAUCAAGCCAAGAAAGCCAAGAGUCGUCGGCAUUUAUCAGAAGAAGAGCGUGCGCUUCAUCCAUAUUUGGACAAUCAAUUUGAUAUCUUCUUUCGGCAUCACGUCUUGACUUACUAUGGAAUUGCAAACAAUGACACAAAGAAGAAACGUCGAGCCGCCAACUUUCCGAUGUUUUCAUUUGACAAUGAAAAAAAGAAAGCUUAUGCCACCGACUAUGGAGAACGAAUCAACACAGAAAUAUUUCAAGAACGUCAAAGAAACGAUAUGUUUGUGCCAGCUCCAAUGCAAAAACCAGAAAUGGAGGGAUUUGUUGAUGAAAAAGCAAAACGAAAAAGACGACUACGAGAGGACGGAUUAGAUGAGGACGAUGAAGAUGAAGAAGACGAUAUUCUCUUUUCAUUGGCGGACGAAGACUGGCCAACCAAAUGUGUUUCGGUUCGGGAAUUGGUUGAAAUCAAAUGUAACAUCGAGUUUAUUGAUUUUGAAGGACGGGCUGAUGGCGAAUCUUUGGCUCACGUGCUGGAACAAGUGAGACCACGUACGUUGAUACUUGUACAAGGAACUGAAAAAGACAACAAUCAUCUCCGCGAGUUUUGCGAAGAGCACAAUGUGGUUGAGGCCGGAGUUUACGCUCCACAAAUUGACGAAACGGUUUCGCUUGGGCUUAAUAUGCAGUUUGUCGAUAUUGAGUUGACCGAUGAACUUUGUGAACAGAUAAAAUUCACGCCGCUUCUUGAUGGAGGAAAAAUGGCCUGGAUAGACGCUCGUAUGAUUUCAAGGAAGAAACUGAGAGAAAAGCUACUGCCUGAAAUGAGAGAAAAGUUCAUCGAUGAGACAAACGAAGAUUCCCUCGUUGCCGAUUUAUGUCCACGUGAGCUGUCACAGCCACACGAUACUGUUUACAUGAACGAUGUGAAAUUGAUGACAAUUCGAGAUGAAGUUCGCAGAUUGGUUGCAGAAGCUAAAAAAGCUAGCGAUAAGGUUUCGGUGGAACUAAGACAAGGGCGACUUGUCAUUGGGCAAUCUUUUGCAAUCAAACGCAUUGAGGCCGGAAAAUUUUUGUUAGAGGGCACAAUUGGAGAAAAUUAUUACAAAUGGAGAGACUUCUGCGUCAAGAAGUUCGCUAUGGCU